GCGGGCGUCAGGUUACUUGAUAGAGACGGAUCCAUCGUGUCCAUCGACCCUGCAAUGCCCUCUAACUCUGAAAGUAAUCCCUACAAAGUUAUAUAUGAGGAGGCAAGAAAGACGGCGGCGGAAGCGGAGAUGAUUGAGUCGGUUAUGACCCACAUUUCUGAACAGUUUACAAAAUGCUUCCAAAUAAACGACUUGAAGGCGGAUCUAACAAAGAGGGUAGCCAUGCUGGAAAAGAGAGUAGAAAUGGAAGGUCUGAAAGUUUGUGAAAUUGAGAAAUGUAAAAAAGACAUCACUCAGCUACAAGAUGUCAUCAUGUCCACAACCAACAAAAAUAAUCCACGAGCCAAGAGAGAGUUUUCACUCCACGAAAAGCUACACCGUGGCAGGAAAUACACUUUAUCUCAGGAAACGGUGGAGUACCUGAAAAACCCGUCCUUUAACAACUGGCACUGGGAGCCGAAUGAGAUGCUGUGCCUCCUAGAGCACAUGUACUACGACCUCGAUCUCGUCACAUACUUCAACAUAAACCCAAUAGUGCUGAAGAGGUGGUUGCUGUGUGUGCAGGAGAGUUACCGGAACAACCCGUUCCACAACUUUCGGCACUGCUUCUGCGUCACCCAGAUGAUGUACGGCAUGAUCUACCUAUGCAAGCUGGAGGACAAGAUGUCCAAACUCGACAUCGGCAUUCUCAUGACCGCCUGUAUCUGCCACGAUCUGGACCAUCCGGGAUACAACAACACAUACCAGAUAAACGCGCGCACAGAACUUGCGGUGCGGUACAAUGAUAUCUCACCGCUGGAGAAUCAUCACUGUGCCGUCGCCUUUAAGAUUCUGAGCAAUCCUGACUGCAACAUCUUCGCUAAUGUGGACAAGGAGACAUGGAAACAGAUCCGACAGGGCAUCAUCACUCUGAUCCUGGCCACGGACAUGGCGAGGCACGGAGAGAUUCUCGAGUCCUUUAAACAGAAAGUCGACAACUUCGACUACGCGAACGAAGAGCAUGUUGCUGCCUUGAAGAUGAUUCUGAUCAAGUGUUGCGACAUCUCAAACGAAGUCCGUCCCAUGGACGUGUCCGAGCCCUGGGUCGACUGCUUGUUGGAAGAGUAUUUUAUGCAGAGUGACAGGGAAAAGGCGGAGGGCCUCCCCGUGGCUCCUUUUAUGGACAGGGACAAGGUUACCAAGGCAACCGCUCAGAUCGGCUUCAUCAAGUUCGUCCUCAUCCCCAUGUUUGAAACGGUAGCCAAGUUGUUCCCGUCUAUAGAAGACUGCAUGGUGAAGCCGUUGAGAGAUGCCAGGGAUUACUACGAGGAACUCAAACAGAUGGACGACGCCAUGGCAGAGAGAAAAAAGGCAGAGGCACUAGCGCUGAAAAAACGGCCUUAAAGUUAUGAGGGCCACUUCUCCACAUCUAGAACUCAACAUCCCAACUAGAACUCUCCCACAUCCCAACUAGAACUCUCCCACAUCCCAACUAGAAC